AUGAAGACUGAAACAACCGUAGGCGAUAUUUCAGGAGUGCAUAAUCCAUCACCUUAUCUUCGACGAUACCGCUUACCAACCAUUAAUUCCAGUGCAACGGUCGCUGCUUAUGAAGAACUGCUAAGUCCUGUCGAGAACUGCGCCAAAUUUGCACUCAUUUCUUCAAUUAACUUUCAGAAUAAGCACUUUUCGGAACCAGCGAAUUUGCAAAACAAUUCAUUAUCGAUAGAAAACAAUGUGGAGCAGCCAGAUGACAAUUCAAAUUCGAACAGAACAGUAGCCUCCGCUCAUUCGGUGUUCGUUUUUUGCAACCUUUUUAUCUAUGAACAAAAAUGUCACUACCAUUAUUAA